AUGAACGUGUCGAAGUAUGAUGUGUGGCACGAAGCUAUUCGUCUUGGUCUCGUUCGACUCUUCUAUCCAUGCUUAAUGAUAUUCGGAACCAUCGGAAAUAUUCUGUGUUUGAAAAUUCUUCUCCGCAAACGCUUUCGUCGCCAGUCAACUUGUCAAUAUCUAUGCAUACUUGCUGUCAUUGAUAUUUUAUUCAUUUACACACGAUCAAUACGCUAUUUAUAUCGACAUAUAUUCAGUGCUGACUUACGGAAUACAUCACAAUGGGCAUGUCGGUCACUGAUAUUCUUUUCUUCGACACUUUCACAUUUAGCUUCAUGGAUUCUUGUUAUUGUUAGUUUCGAUCGAUAUUUCAUUAUGAAAAAUCGCGUCUCGCAUCGAAAUACGAAAUAUCGCGUGAUGUUAACAACCUGUAUUCUAGUUUUAAUCAUUUGCUUUCUCAACGCACAUUAUUUCGUGAUUCUAGGAAGAAACGUGAGAUUACCUUCCUCAACUCAUCCGAAACGUCGAAAUCUGACCGAUGAAACAGCUCACAAUGGUACCAAUCGUUUUGUCUGCAUAGCAAAAACGGAAUUUAAACAGUUUUUUCGUUUUGUUCAGCCGAUACUCGAUGUAUUAUUCGUCGCUAUCAUUCCAUUUUGUCUUCUAGCUUUUACAAACAUCGCUAUCAUACACACUACAAUGCGUACGAAUCUCCUACGCAAAACAUCACGCAGACAAAAGCGUAACAAUCGCCUGACGAUUAUGCUUCUUUCGGUGAUCUUAUCAUUUAUGCUGUUAACCUGUCCAUCCGUUGUUUAUAUCUGUUUGAAUCGUCUAUCAACAGUAACGACAUUUUCGGGUACGAAACUAAUCGUCUUGGAUUUGUUCGAAGCACUAUGGUAUACGAAACAUGCAUUGAAUUUUCUUCUGUAUACAUUAAGUGGUCAGGAUUUUCGACGGGAAUUUCGAAAGUUAAUUCUGUGCUCAAAACGAACGGCAUCAAACACCUUGCGACAUCGUAAACAUCAUCAGCAAGGAAAUAGUCAUAGUAUGCUUUCGGAAAACUCCUAUGUCUCAACGCAUCGAGCAUCAUCGAUUACGAUUCAAUAG